CGAAAGCUAAUGUCACAGAAAUAAAAACCUCAAUUCUUGGAGUCAACGACCCCGUUGGGAUCCUGAAAACUAGUGCGUCAAUGCCUGCUGAAUGUCAAGUUGACUUUACACAUGACCACGAUCGGAGUCAGAGCUCCCUCUGUUGAAUCUCGGAAGACAGUUCGCGGGCGUUUUCGCAGCCUAUCCGCUUCACUUGUCGCUAUAAAGAGCCCUUCAGAGGAGACCUGCAAAUAACAAGGCUUCAUUCAUGGCAGCCACUACAACCGUCGGAAUCGUCUCAAUUCAUCGAGCUCCGGAGAACGUUCCCAAGCACGUUCUGGAUUUGGCACUGAAGCAGCUUGUGGACGUCCUGGUCAUUCAUCCUUUCGUGCAGCAGAACUUCAAGAAAGUCGAACUGGUCUUGCAGACGACGUACCUGGACGAGCACUACAAGAAAGUGGGACUCGAACAUCCCUUCCCCACAGCCGUGCUCCUCAUUGAGUGUGACAGCGUCGAGAAUUACGUCAAAGUCCUCACGCACCCAGACCUCGUCCCGCUCUUCGCCGGAGCCGACGCGCAGUUCGGCUUCAAAUCCCAUGCAUCGGUCUUCUCGGCGGACGUGGCUAUUCGGCUGCACUGCCCUGCGCCCGAGGACGGCAGCCCCCACGCGACGGCGAUGGCGCUCAUGAAGGUCCCACACGGGCUGCAUCCAUCAGCAAAACCGGGACAACCAUGUGUGGGCCGGCGGUACCCACAAGGCGGUGCCUGUAAUAUACAGGCUGACAAAUCCUGACGUGGGUGACGUGGCAUCUGCCUGCCCGUCAUCUGGCAUAUUCGUGCUCUGCAACUCCUCGACGGCCAUGCCCGCGCUCGACUGGGCCUUUCACGUUCGGCAGCAUCAACAACUACCUGGCUUCUUCUCCGUCGACUGCGCACCGGGCUGCUGUUCUCUCUGUCGAAAUGUCACCAAGGCGGCUGUUUUUCGUUGCAUGCUUUCUGUUGCGGCCACCUUUGGAAUGGUAUCACUCAAGACUGUAGUAUCACCAGCGGGUAGGCGUGUACUUUGCGGCGAUCGGCCUCACAUAACCAUACAACUCGGCGUCUUCACCCUCACUUUCCACAUCGCUCUUGUCGCCUGGAGGGUCCUCCUCGCUGUCUGAGUCACGGUCAGGGCUGACAUCAUCCUCUGAGUCGUGGUCUUGCUGAGCUAAGUCUGUCACGGUGCGGCUGGUAUCUGCAGCAUCGCCUCGGCGUCUGGGACUGCCACAUGGUAAUGACCGACACCUCCACCAAGGUAGCGCAUCAUCAUGUCGCGAUCACAGAAGCUGUCUCAGCGGCAGGAUGUGAUAUCGCCAGUCAUUGAACUCGUCAGGUCGGCGUGCCAGGGUUGUAUAUGGUACUCUAUCUGUUGGCCCAUGUGCAAACGCCGGGAUGAGAUGGGAUGCCCGGAUGAUCUCAUCAGGAUCUACAAACCCCCGUUUCCGCUUGAAUCCCCCACGGAAGGAGCAAGAUAGCCAUCAAGUCGCCAACGAACUUCGCAGUGGAAGAUCCCAAUGAUACGUGCAUAUUCGAAGGGCAUUCCCUCGUGGAUUCAUCGAAUCUUGACCUCGUCGGACAUCGCUAGUGGUGUAGUUGACUCGCAGUACUUUGUGAAUGUAGAGUCGCUCAUCAGCAAUUAUGAUGUUGUUCCGUUGUUCUGUCGUGAACUCAUCACCGUUGCCAGAGUACAUGGGAUGCUCCAGCCGAGCAAGCAGAUGUUCAUGAAGCUUGGGUCUGAAAUCCUGUCACCGUAACGGUAACAUCUUCAAGGUCGGCACUGUGUUGAUAUAACCACGAGCCAAGAUUAAGAUGGUAGUCCCGCCGAAGAGAGAUAUGAUGGUGAGCUUCUGGAGCGGUGUACGGAAGUGAUUCAGACUCGGCAAAGGCUAGUGUGGGGAGCCGUUGUGGUGGACUAGGUGUUUUGAAAGCUGUUCCAGUGGCUGCUUUCCGUUUCUUUGAGGACACUACUGGCUGCUGCAUUGUCUCUGAGUCCUGGUGUGGCCCUGCUGUCACAGGAGGUAUGACUGGGAGAAGUGAAGCUUGUUGAUGUUGCAUUAUCUUGUCCAGCUCUGUCUCCCGCCUUUCCAGCUGGGUGAUCUGCUUCUCAGCUUCAUUCUUAUUAGUCCGAGCAUAGUAGCUCUUCACACGCUUGUGCUCAAGCUCGCCCUUGCCCACAAUUCAGUCAAAGAGUGGUUCUAGCUGAAUAGAUUGACAUACCGUCUGAGUAGAAUAGGAAUCAACUGUGCCAAAAAAUGAGAUUGUGCGAACAUA